ACCAGGGGGCGUAGGUUUGACCGGCAGCGGCUUCUCGGAGCAUCAGACACAAUGAACCGUCAGGCGGCGAGGCACACACGCGUUGGCCCGGAGGAGCUGACCCGGUUCUAGCCCGCUAUUAUUCACAUCCGUGCCUUUUACUUGACUAACCGAGUCAUUUCCAAACUACCGAGGCGCUGUAUGGCGGUAACAGGGCUCCGCUGGACACGGUUGGAUCGUCGAGUUUGAUAAAAACGAGGUCGGGAUCAGUCCACCGUUAGCCCCUCCUGGUGGAUCUUUCUGCUUUUUUUGUUCUGUCUAACCGCUUAAAGCCAACAAAACAACACGGAGAACCAUGUCGUUGACUGCCUCGUCUGAUUAUUUCGCCGCCGAGUGUCUGGUGUCGAUAUCCAGCGGUCCCGUCCUGCAUAGACCCACCCCGGUCGCCCCCGCCAGCCAGCCGGCCACGGCGGGCCUGCUCCCCGGGGAGCCCGACGGGACGAUCGAGGACAGGGAGGUGCGGGAGACGCUGCGGCUGGAGGGUGCGAACAUGAUGGCGGUGGCCGGCAUCCUCACGGACCUGCACGGCAAGUUCCGCCCCAUGUCGGCCUACUCGGAAAGCAGCAACUCGUCAUGUGGUGGGGAGAGCGGUUACACCACGUUGUCCGACCCCACCACCCCUACCAUGACCCCCUCCGCCACCCCGGUGCCCGGACAGCAGAUGAGGGGAGGGGGAGGAGGAGGCGUGGGCCCCCCCCGGUCCCCGGUGAAGCGACACCAGUGCACUUUUGACGGGUGCGACAGAGUUUACGGAAAAUCGUCCCACCUAAAGGCGCACAUCCGGACACACACAGGUGAGAGGCCCUUCCCGUGCACUUGGCCCGACUGUGAGAAAAAGUUUGCCCGUUCCGAUGAGCUCGCCCGUCACACCCGCACCCACACAGGAGAAAAGCGCUUUCUGUGCCCGUUGUGCGACAAGCGGUUCAUGCGCAGUGACCAUCUGAUCAAGCACGCCCGCCGUCAUCCCGACUUCCAGCCCUCCAUGUUGGGGCGCAACAAGGGCAUAUCCUCUGCUUCCAGUCCGACCCUGCACCAUUAGGAUGGUGCGUGUCUGGGUUUCCUGUGCACUGGGAUCAGCAGCAGCACGGAAGCUCACGUGGGUUUCAACUUAACCAGCUACAAUCAGAUUCACCCAUAAGGAUUUAGAAUUACGGAGUUGUACUCCAAAAUGAACACAUACACACAUUGUACACAAGUGAAUACACAGAGCUGGAAGUGAGGAGCACGUAGCCUCAUCUCUCCAUCCACCCCGAUGAGUCAUGUGACCACUAUCCACCUGCUCAGCAAAAACCAGGGUUGGUUUUCACGAACGUUCCAAAUUUAUGAGAACCAAGGAUUUGUUUAAGAAAUGUGUUUUUUGAUUCCACUUAUCGUUUCCUGAGAGCAAAGUUUGGACUUUCUGUACUUCAUUUACAAGGCUCCUUACACAUGGAUUAAACCACGUGUAUAAUGUUUACAAUAUGGCAGACUGGAGUGAGUUUUUCAGGUGUAGCUACUCUUCACAAAAGACAGAAAUGAAUUGAAAUCAGUACAUAGAAAUAAAUACAGGGGGGGCAGGGGAGGGAAGUUAAUCAAAUAUGAUGACACAUUUACCACAGAAAGGUGUAAAAAUGCAGGGUGUGUCUUAUGCUGUAUUGUGACAUAGUGAAAUUAAAAUGGUGAAAACCUUUUAUAUAAAAAAAAAAACUAGAUGGGACAGUCAGUUUUUGGUUUAUCCUCUUAAUUAUGCACCAGUAAAGUCAAGGUUCUCAUCACAUUGAUGCAAAAAUUCUGUAAAAGCAGUUGUGCCACACAGCUGUCGUGCUCAUUGACUCGUAAUGCCUGAAAAUUCCAGCCAUAAAAACCAUUAACAUGGUGCAACAGAAUUUAUUUUUCUUUUAACUAAGAACAUUUAUUCAUGACAGGUUUAUGGCAGUUCAAACCAUAUGGAAAUAAUUGUAGAUUUUAUUUUCAACAUACUUCGGUUUUUCUUCUCCAUCAGGAUUCGAUAAGAUUUGGAAUCAUUAAGCACCGACCCUAAAUACAACCUCAUUUCUCAAACUGAAACACUUUCACAAAUUGCAGGGAUUUUUCACAUUUUCUGUACAAAUCUACACAUUCAUCAAAAGCCAAAUCUUCUCUGUUUUCCCGUGGUUUAUUUCCUGGUUGUCGUGCUUUUAAGUAACAUUUAUUUACCACGAGUAGCACAAUAUUGUGAUGUUAGCUAGCAAGGCAGUGACUAGAAGCUUUUUAGCUUUUUUUUUGUAGCUUUGAGUUUUAGUGAUGACACAUUCCUUCAUUUUUUAUCGCAUAACCAUCAUUGAGGUGAUAUUUGUCUAUAUUUUUUUUGUGUAUAUUGAACUUAAUAGAUCAAAUAUUAGUUUUUUCCAGAAAGUGAGUCAAACUUCACUGUAGAAGAGCUGUAUGCACGCCAUCCUCAAGUCUACAUGAGUUAUUCAUGAAACGCUGACACAUAAUUCACAGUAGUAUUAUCUCUAAUACUGAUGCAAAUGUAUAUAAGCUUUAAGCUUUUAAUGUAGAGACAUGGUAAUGCUACUAGCAGCAGAAUUAAUACAUGUGAUGAAUUGUAGUCCUUAUAUUAGGGGUAACAGUAUACGCUUGAUAGGAUGAGAUUGCCUGUGAGUGUUGGUGUGUGUUUUUUUUAGUAGAUAUUUUUUUGUUAGUGACAGAACUGGAGAACGUGUGUAUGCAAUGGUAUAAAAAUAUUUAGGGACAAAGAAACCAUGACAUAAGGCGAGCUUGAUAUUCGACCUUCGAAGUAAAGGCGUUCCCCCCACACUCAUCACAGGCGGAGUGGAGAGCAUAUUUCAGGAUCAGUUGUGCUGGGUGUAUAUUCACACGGUGUAAGUUUCACCAACAGUUAAAACAAAGUUUAUGACUUCAAGUGCUGGAAAAAUUGUUCCUAUUCUAACCCAGUGUGUGGGAAUCAAAUCGGGUAUAAGAAGUUGUAAUUUGUAAUAAUUAUAAGUAAUUUAAAACAAGUUGGGGAAAGAUGAUACCACUAGAGCUUUAUUGUGAAGGGCAUUUUAACUUGUCACUCAGGUGUAAAUAACUUAAACAGUGGCUCUGCUCUGUGCAGGUGCACCAUUGAACCAGCGUUAACAAGACGUGUACGAUACUUCUAAAUGGAAAACAAUAUAAUAACAAUAAUAAUGUUAUCACCAUAAACUAUAGAAAGGUGGACGACAUGAUUGCGCCCCAAAAGUGAAGCCGAAGCGUCUCGAUCCCCACCUGGUGGCUGUCUGCAGUAUUGGUCAUUAACCCCACCCCCUUUUAAUGAGUUAUUUGAUGCAAUAGAAAUCUCGAUUGACAGCUGAGACUGGCCGUGAUCGGUCGAGCAUGUAUGUCAAUGUUUUGCCAACAUGGCUCCAUCCCAUGACCACCUUACUGCACAGAUUCUGGUGCGCAAGACUGCAGCUUUCAUAUCUGGGGUACUUUGGCUUCAUUACUGGAUAGUGGGAGGAAGUGGAAACGUGUCCUUCAUCUUUAUAUACGCUCUGUGGCUAUUACACUUGUUUUUGAUAAAUUAAAAUGGCCUCUAUAAUAAAGAUUUGGUUCUAUACUGGGACAAACAAAUGAAAAACCUGGCACCUAAAUUUAACAAUCCUUGUGGAGUAACAUUUGAGUCAAGUAAACCUCAUGUAAAGCAGAAGUUUAAAAUCAAUUUGAGCACAUGCAUUGUCCAGGUCUGAGUCUAGAGAGGUUGAAUCUUUUUUAUUUUAUUUUUGUUGUUUUUUUAAUGUUUCCACACUGUUUGUCCAACUCGUGGACGUAUUCCUUUAUCUCAGUGAACAACAAUUCUUCAGGAAAACUCUGAAAGCCUUAAACUAUGUCAUAACUACUUUGCACCAUGUUUACAGUUGGAUCAUUGUAUAGGUAUAUAUAUGCCCUCCUGCGGGCUCAUCAGAUACACAUUAUGCAAUAUGGCACUUUUUUCUUACAGGUGUAUUCGGCUGAAUAGUGUAAUGGCUUGCACUGUUACUAUGCUUCUACAAGCAAGCACUGUGGAACUUUGCUGAUGUCUUUAAUAACUAAUGGUUUGUAAAACUGCCUUCUUGUCCAAGUGCUUUAGAAAGCGUGAUAAAAGAACUGAGUAGUUGUUGUUUCUGUUUUUUGUUUAUUUUGGUGUUUGUGUAGUCAUCCAGGCCAUCUUAUGUUAAGGAAUUUGUUUUGAUUAGAUUUAAAAAAAAUUUUUUUACACACACUUCAUCGUCACUCCCAGAUCGGUUAACUUUGUUUCCUCCCCACUUAAAAAGAAAAACUUCAGGUGUCUUCCUAAUCCAUACGUCGAACCAUCCUCAUAUCACCAUUUCACUGUUGAUCUGUUCAUUUUAAUACGAGCUGUACUCAUCCAUGUGAAUACAGUGCUUUGACAUUUUGUACACAUUUCCUCUGAGGUUUAAUCUGUUGACGUUCUCGGUCGCUGCUGGCAGUAACCCUGAACACUUGGACUGUUUAACAAACAAUCACACACCUAAUACCUACUUCUCAAAAUGGAAAUCUAUCCUUCCAUCUCUCCUCACCGAUGGAAGCAUCUUUUCACUCAGACUCUGUCCAGAUCUCAAAGCUACAAUAUCACAAGAACAACAUACCUCACUGAUUUUUCCUUUUUCUUUUCGGUAUUGGUGCAGCAUCCAUCCAACUUGUUUUUCAGAAAUGAGUUUUUAUCAUCUAGAUGGUCUGUAAUGUACCCAUGUCUUUCCUGUUGUCUGUAUAUGCAACAUUACUACUACCUGUGUCGCAGCAGAAUUUCCUUCUCCCUGCCUCAGUGACAUUCUGUUGUUAGUUGACAGUGGUAAUUGAAUCUGCCGGAUAAAUCCUGCACCACAGCCUCUGUCAGCAAAGCUCAGCAGAUGAUUGAUUUGCCAAGGGAAAGACUCACUGCUGGCUGCAGGACCGAGGCUGAAAAUGUAAAAUAAAAUACCUGUAGACCGUCACUUCACUGCAGAUUUCAAUUGAAAGCGCUCAGUCCAAAUCUAUUUGUUCAUAUCACAGAAUGUGGCUUGAUGACAGAUGAGCAUUAUCCGCUUUGGAUUUUACUUUUUGCUGCGCUGCCUUGCUGAGAAAAAAAACACGAUGAUUCUCUCGUCACCACACUAAUUCAGAUAUGCACAUUGUACAGAAACUGAUGUUUUUUAAAUUGAUGCCUAAUUUUUACAUUUAUGUAAUUUUUAAAAGAAAUCCUCUUAUCAAAGCUUUAGUUAAGGUGAAUGGGAGGAACUGUGGAACUAAAUAAUUGCUGCAACAAGCUGUUUUGAUAUUUAUAUUCUCAGGUGUCUUAAAUUUUGAGCAUUGGAACUUUCAUAAUAUCCUUUGCAACACCGAAGUACAAGCAUGUCUUAUUUCUUUUGUUAUGCUGAUUAAUUUAUUACGAAAAAAGUAUCAUUUGUGUGGUUUAAUUAUUCUUUUCAUAACUCACUUUGUGAUAUGGAACAAUACUAAUAUGAAAUUGUUCCAUUGUUUGCUUGACAUGAAAAUUCCAGUGCUUUUUUUUUUUUUUAAAUAAAAAUCCUUAAGUUGA